AUGGAUACCGAUAUUUGUCCCGAUGGCGAUACGCGCACUGAAAAAGAGAUGGUCGUCAAACUCAUAGUCGCUCAUUUCACUGCUGUCGUCGCAUUCUGCAAUUGGCAGUCCCUACGCAAUGAACGGCUGGACACCAUCGAGCCAGUACUAUUCCUUCUAUCGCCCUUGAUAGUAACCACACAAACAGCUCUCGGUGUCGUUAUUAUCAACCUUUCAUUUAUCUACGACGCCACUCUAUCGCCUAAACCCCUUUCUCCUCAUCUUGAAACCUACGCUCGACGAUGGAAUACACUAUUCGGAAAGAAAUCUUCAUCACGUCGAACGCCCACUGGCUCAUUGGAAGCUGCGCAAUCUCGCUUUGGAAGUGCUUGGAUACGACUUGGCAGAGCCAUCGCCAUCUUUGCAACACUGUUCCAGUUCGCCGCUACGGUAUUUCUCUACCAGCGGCGAAAGAAUCUUCAUGGCUGGGAUGCACUUACAGUCCUUGAUCAUCGAACAUUCGAGCUAUCCGUCGGCGGCGCCGCUGUUUCGAUACUAUCUCUCGCCCUGCUCCUCGAACUUCCCGGCUUUGGACAGAUGCCGGAAACGCUGUACAUCCCAGAGUACAAACCAGACCCAGCUGUUAUCUUCUGCCGCGGUGAUUCGCGCCGUUGUCCGAGCUGGUAUCAGAUCCUCUACGCUUCAGAUAUUGGCUCCGCUACAUCAGCUGCUACGUGGCUAGCGUGCGUUUUAUCGUCAACAUACAAAGGCGAGUCUAUACCGUUGAACUUCCUGUCCGAGGCAUACCAAGGGAUCUAUAGAGAAUUCACCGGCGUAUUCUCACUCCAGAUUUCAUUGCCGGUAUUUUAUCUGCUCGUUGCAGCCUAUUUCGCAUUAUUCUUCAUUAUCUCGAAUACGUACAAGGGACCAGGCUUUAAAAGUCUGCAUACUCUCUGGACCAUCAUCCCAGCUGCCCUGGUAGUGCUGGCUUUUAUGAUUGUUCUUUUCAUGAUGUUUAUGCUCAUGAUUAUGCCGACUAUUCUGGUUCUUAUGCCUUCUCUUAUCAGCGGGCCCGGGUCUAUUUUUACGAUGGAGGGGUAUGAGACUCGUGCGAUCUUUUCGCAGCCGCCGUUUACACCAGUGAUUAAUGAGACGGGUUGUCUUUUGGUUUGGAAGGAUCCUGUGGCGGAGUACUUAUGGUCACUUGUAUAA